CUCAUGUGACGUCAUUUCCCUUCCUGUUUCUGGGGGGAGUCGGUGAGGAGAGAAGCUGCUGAUCUCAGAUCUGUGUUUCUCUCUCUGCGGGUGUUUCUCUUCUCCAUCUCUCCUCCGUCUCUCCUCCAUCCCUCCCCCGUCUCUCCUCUCCUGCUGGCCGGCCUCGGUGCUCUCUGCUCGGCUGGCGGCGGCUCGGAGGGUCGGUGUCUCGCUCCGUCAUGGUGCAGAAGUCCCAGAACGGCGGGGUGUUCCCCGGAGCUCAGGCCGACCAGAAGAAGCUGAAGGUCGGUUUCGUGGGACUGGAAUCCGGAGGGACCGAGUCCAGGGACGGAGCUCUGCUGAUAGCCGGUGUGGAGGAGGGCCCUCGGCGGCAGCGCAGCAGUGUGUCGGGGGGGAAGAAACCUCCCAAGAGAAACGCUCUGUAUCGCCGUCUGCAGAACUUCCUGUACAACGUUCUGGAGAGGCCGAGAGGAUGGGCCUUCAUCUACCACGCAUACGUGUUCCUGCUGGUGUUCUCCUGUCUGGUUCUCUCUGUGUUCUCCACCAUCAGAGAGUAUGAGAAGAGUUCAGAGGACGCGCUCUACAUUCUGGAAGUGGUCACCAUCGUGGUGUUCGGGGUGGAGUACAUGGUGAGGAUCUGGGCUGCAGGAUGCUGCUGCAGAUACAGAGGAUGGAGAGGAAGACUGAAGUUCUCCAGGAAACCUUUCUGUGUCAUCGACAUCAUGGUGUUGAUCGCCUCCAUCUCAGUGCUGGCUGCAGGGACCCAGGGGAACGUGUUUGCUACCUCUGCCAUCCGGUCUCUGCGCUUCCUUCAGAUCCUCAGGAUGAUCCGGAUGGAUCGUCGGGGGGGAACCUGGAAGCUGCUGGGAUCUGUUGUUUACGCUCACAGCAAGGAGCUGAUCACCGCCUGGUACAUCGGCUUCCUGUGUCUCAUCCUGGCCAGCUUCCUGGUGUAUCUGGCAGAGAAAGAGGACAACGAACAGUUUGAGACGUAUGCAGACGCCCUCUGGUGGGGACUGAUCACCUUGACGACCAUCGGUUACGGAGACAAGUUCCGAUCACCUGGAACGGCCCGACUGCUGGCAGCAACUUCACUCUGGUCGGGGUCUCCUUCUUCGCCCUGCCAGCU